AUGAGUGGCUCAACUUCAGACAUAAUCAGUAAUCUCCCGUGCAAUGUACUUGAACAAAUCUUAAUGCAUUUAAGCUUAGAUGCUGCGGUGAGGACAAGUGUUUUGUCAAAGAAGUGGAGGCAUAUCUGGACUAAGCUUCCCCAACUUGUGUUUGAUGAGACGUUCUCCGAAGGAUGUAGAAGUGUAACGACGAACAAACUUAUGAUGACUAUUUAUAAAGUUCUGCUACAACAUCGCGGACCGGUGCUCAAGUUUAUAGUCUCUUCAGUGGAGCUGGAGAGCUGUCCAGAGAUCGACCAAUUGAUACGUUUUGUGUCAAACAAUGGCAUCCAAGAAUUGACCCUUAAACUUUGCAAUGGUAGACCUUAUAAAUUGCCGUCAUCACUAUUUUCUUGUCAAGUAUCAAUUUGUAUGUUUUCGUCCUUGUGGAAAUUGGUACCUGAGAAACAAGAAACAUCUGGGUCAGUCAUGCUUACUGGUGCUUUUCCUGUCAUUGAGCUUUUGGAAUUGGACCACUAUCAUCUCAAGGCCAUGGCUGCAGAUGAGGUCUCUAUGGUUCUGUGCUUAAUUAGAAGCUCCCCAAACUUGGAAAAAAUUCAAAUGAAGGCAUGUCCGGGUGAAGCUGCACCUGUUCUAGAACUUUUACAAGUGCAAGGCUGGUCGGAUAUCUCAUUAAAUCAUCUUCGAGAAGUGGAGAUACACCAGGUAUCUGGCACAAGACCUGAGUUUGAUUUCAUCAAAGGUCUACUAGCCAAAUCGCCUAUUCUGGAGAGAUUACUUAUCAAGUUGAACCCAAAGGAGGUUUUUGAGGAAUUGAGGAUUUUGAAGGAGUUGAUACGAUUCAAACGCUUAUCACCUGAUGCAGAAAUUAUGUUCAGAAAUAAAGAUGAAAUAUUACGUUACAGUGGUGAGUUAGCGUAG